AUGGAUUCUCGCCGCUACAGUCCACCGCCUCCUUCAGACGUUCGAGGCAGGAGUUACUAUCCUCCACGGUCACCACCUCGGGCGGAUGUACCAUUCGAAGCUGAUUCUGACCGAAGGUUUGCGACUACUGAUCAGCGAGACUCAUUCGAUAGGCGGCGUGACUGGUAUGGAGCUGCCGAUGAUGACAAGUCUCGUCCGCCUAUAUGGAGGCCCUAUGAAAGAGAGCCCCAGAGAGAACGGUAUGACCGCGACGCACCACCUCCCAGAAGUUCCGGGUGGGAAGGUCGUGAUUCGGAACGGAGAGCACCGUUUUCCAGUUCCCCAGUCCGCCCUAUUGAUUCUUCCCGCCCACUGAGCUCGCGCCUGGGAGAUGGAUACCUGCCCCCCGUGGACGACCGUUCGUAUCCACCGCGAGACUUUGACCGUCCCCGCUACACAGGUCCAGACAACGACCCCCCCUUCGUUCGUGGUGUCCGUCCGCGCAGCCCGAGUCCGCCAAGAAGAGGUGGCGCGAACAGUUCUCUCGACGAUAUCCGACCACCUCUCAAACGUGCACGCGAGGACCCGCCGUACAGCAGUGGUGGUGGGUACUACUCGCCUCGCAGACCGUCGAUGUCUAUGGGUGAUUACCCACCUCGUUCUGCUGCAACGCCGCCACCAGGGAGUGGGACAAGCGGUGGGUUCUAUGAGCCGCGUGGGGGGCCGCCGCCGUUUAGUAGUGCUUCUGCUGGGGUUGAGAGGGAUUAUCCGCCAAGAGAGAGGUCGGGACCUGGGGAUGGUGGUCCGUCUUAUGGGGCUGCGUACGACAGGGAUACGAGGCCGCCGAGGUCGCCCCCUCCGAGAAUGUAUGGACGGCUUCCGUAUAGACCAGAUCCUAGGGAUGAUCGCAGGUAUUUGCCGCCUCCUCCGAGAUCUGGUUGA